GGCGUCCUGAAGAGCCCCAAACAACAGAAUCAAUCGCCCAUCACCGCCACUAGUCACGGUUCGAAUUCUAGUCAUAACAGCAACUGUGAUAUAAGGGAGGAAAAGGAAGAAGGGUUGGAUAGGCUGAGUGGUAAUCAAAGAGGCGGUAAUAAGGAUGGUUCAAGGGAGCAAUUAAAUAAUAAAAAUCACUGUGAUACUACUGGAGCGAAGGACAAUCAAAUUAUUAGUAUUAGUAGGGCUUCCAAGGAUUUGGAGGUCGCCAGGAGCUAUUCGGAGGAGGAGAGGGAGAAGAGGGACGAACAGGAGAGGCUGAUCAAGCAGCUCGAAAUGCUGAGCACGAGGAUACAGGCGCUGACGACGAGGGCUAACGAGAUCGGAGCCGAAUGGAUAGGUUGCGGUGUGGGUGUCCAUUGCGCUGGUGCGUUCAGGGAACAAUUUUCAAGGAGGAGAAUCAGUCUGCCCAAACACACAGAGGUCAAAGCCAAAUUUACAAUGAUAUGUGACACGGCGAGUGCGACGUUUUCCCAGGAGACUCUGCAGUCGCUGCGGCUGCCCGCCUUCGACAGCUACGCCUGGUCGGACGAGCAGCUGCUGCUCCUGCUCCACGGAAUGUUCACGGAAUUGGAAUUGACUUCAACGUUUCGGAUAAAGGAUGCCGUUCUUCGCCAGUUUUUGUACGAAGUCUAUAAGCAUUACAACGAGGUGCCGUUUCAUAACUUUCGGCAUUGCUUCUGCGUCGCACAAAUGAUGUACUCGAUGGCCUGGAAAGUUGAUCUCAUAUCCCGAUUGGGCCACCUGGAAGUCCUAGUCCUUCUAGUUUCUUGCAUUUGCCACGACUUGGAUCAUCCCGGUUAUAAUAAUAUUUAUCAAAUAAAUGCCAGAACGGAAUUGGCCAUUAGAUAUAACGAUAUUUCGCCCUUGGAAAAUCAUCAUUGCUCUGUAGCAUUUAGGAUAUUAGAGUUAGCUGAAUGUAAUAUAUUAGAAGGACUUCCAUCGGAUACUUAUAGGCAAGUUCGAGAGGGCAUCAUUCGAUGUAUCUUGGCAACGGAUAUGGCAAGGCACAAUGAAAUCUUAGCCCAGUUUCGGGACGUCACUCCUUGUUUUGAUUAUGAUAAUAAAACACACACAAAUCUGUUAUCGAUGGUGAUGAUCAAAGUGGCAGAUAUAUCGAAUGAAGCUCGACCAAUAGAUGUUGCCGAACCUUGGCUGGAUAGGCUAUUACAGGAAUUUUUUGCUCAAAGUGCUGCAGGAAAAACAGGAGGUCUUCCCGUAACGCUUUUUAUGGAUCCUGAUAAAGUCAGCAAGCCUUCAAGUCAAGUCAGGUUUAUCGGACUUGUGUUAUUACCUUUGUUUGAAGCUUGGGUGAAACACAUGCCAGAAUUACAGGAUUUGAUCGUCCAACCCGUGCGAGACGCUCUAGAGUAUUACCGACGACUUAACGAAGCAACAAGGGAAGGCAGGUCUAGAAAAUCUCUAGGAGAUGGCUUAGAACCCGCAAACGCUUCCCAAAGCAUCCACUCCCCCACAGGUUCUCAAACAGGCCCACAGACCACUCACAACGUCCGAUCAAGGCGCAGUUUGGUUCCAAGAAUGUCUUUGUCGAUAUCUCGAAGCACCGAGACUCACAUAGAUGACAAUCAAGUUAUAACAAUCGAUCCUGCCAGCAAGACUGUCACCCCUGAGAUGGCUCAGGAUCACCAUAUUCCUUCGACUCAUGAUAUCGAGAGGUUUAUGAAAAACAGGAGGAUGGAUGAAGGUGAUGAAAUUGAUGCAGAUGAUGGUAGGGAAGGAGCAGUUGAUGAUGAUUUUGAGGAGAACGAUAGCGGGGACUCGGAGACUGCGACGGAGGUUGAGGUUUCGGAGAAGACUUUGAAGUUCAAAAUUGCUACGGAGGGCGGUGGCAGUAGCAUGGAUAGGAGGAAUAGUAGGAUUGGUAUCCCAUCACGCAAAAAUAGCCACGAACGUUGUACUCUAAGCCAUGCAUUCGGAAAUGCAUCUUAUUCUUUGGAUUUACAAAAAUAUGACUAUCGAAGAGGUUCUUUGGGGCCCAGUUCUUCAGGAGGCAGUCUCGGAAACUUUUGUUCAAACUGCCAGACUUUGGAAAAUACUAACAGAUGCUGCAGGGUUGCUCGUAAUAGUGACGGCAGUGUAAGAUCACCUUGCAGCGACACUUGUCAAAGAUCUCAAGGUUCAGCAGGAUCUCAUUCUGUUCGACAGAUUAGUGAAGAAUUUGAACCAGAAACUGAGGAAGACCAGAAACGAUCAGACUCGGUAAAGCAAACUAAAUCACCAGAUCAAACCGAUACUAAAACAAACUUAUCCACGUCUGAUAUUCAGCAAAGUGUCAUCCAGGUUCCAAAGGAUGUAGAAACUAAAUUAGAAUCCAAUGAUGAUAAAUCUCAGGACCAACAACAAGCUUUAUCACCAAAUCCUGAUGAUUCCCCAACCAAACAGAAUUUUGAUGAGAUAACUAUCGACAAGACCAUACCUGUAAAACAAGAACUGAUCCAGCAACAACCAGCACCACCCCGAAGUCUUUUUGCACGUCUAAAAAAUUUCACAGACCGCCUAAGUCUAAGUUUCGAUAAACAAUACACAAGUCGCAACAAUAACACGAGUGAUGAUGUUUUUCGAGAAAACAAUCUAACAGCAACCAGGGCGUCGACUUUACCAAAAAGCAAACGUGUCGAGGCGAGAAAGACUUGGAAAAUUUUAAUGUACAAUAAAGAUAGGAACACGACGAAUAGUAUAGAUGUGUUGACUGAUGUCGUUGAUAAUAAUCAGUCCAAGGAUAAUAAAGAAAAGGUGGAAAUUUGACAAAGAACCAGUUUGGAUGAUGCUUUUGAUGAUCGGAGUGGCUUUGGUUAUAUAUUCUGUAGGUGCUGUUCGAAUAGAAGAACUAUGCCAGUGGACACG